CACCUCAUGGUGUUUUGGGUGCUUCGUGCACCCACGAAAGGGGGCGGGCGGUGGGUGCUCCUGCUGCUCCUGCUGUAUAGCUUCUUCCCCCUGCCACCACCCCAUUUUUUGUGAGGAGGGGCAGCCUUGGGAGGGGGGUAGAAUAGCUCAGUUUGGGGAAAGGGAUAGUUUGUGGGCGCCCCUAUUGGGUUGGGGUGCUGGUGAGGAGAAUAAAUAUUAGCUCCUUUGGGUGGCAUGGAAAGGAAAAGAAGCUAAACUGAGGGGGGGGGUAGGUAAAUUUUGAGAUAAUCUGUAGAUAUAUCUAUUUUAUUUUAUUUUUUGGAAGGGGGGAAUUUGGGAAUAGAAAUAUUUUCUUAUGCCCUCUGGACGUUUGGUGUACAAAGUGGUGUUAUUGGUGUUUUUAUUGUGUUUUUAAUUUUCUGUCUGGAGUCGACCAGAGGGGCUGGGGCAACCCAGUUAGAUGGGCAGCAUAUAAAUACUAAAGUUAUUAUUACAGUCAUACCACAUGUUACAUUUGCUUCAGGUUACGUGUUUUCGGGUUGCGGACCAUGGGAAACCGGAAGUACAUACUGGAACAGGUUACUUCUGGGUUUCGCUUCUCACGCAUGCACAGAAGCAUUAAACAGAUGUGCAGAAGUGCCAAAUCGUGCAGGCGCGGCACUUCAGCUUGUGAACACUGCAGGUUGUGGGUGUGCCUCCGUCACGGGUUACGUCCACAACCCGAGGUUCCACUGUACAGUGGUACCUCCGGUUCCGAACGGUAUCCGUUCCGGAGCUCUGGACAGAUCCCGAGGUUUCCGCAACCAGAGGGACUGCUUCUGCGCAUGCGUGCAGCGCAGUAGAGCGCUUCUGCGCAUGCGGCGAAACCUGGAAAAAUACUUCCAGGUUUGCCGCAUUCGCAUCCUGAAGGAUACGCAAUAGGUACCACUAUUGUUAUUGUUAUUAUCAUCAUCAUUUGGAGCAACCAGAGGGGCUGGGGCAACCCAGUUAGAUGGGUGGCAUAUAAAUACUAAAAUUAUUAGUGUUGUUAUCAUCAUCUCAAAAAGACAAGUAUAAUCAUCAAUGUUUUCAUAGAAUUGUAGAGUUGGAAGGGGCUACUCUUAACAGUCGCAGAAAUUGCUUUUCAAUUUCAUCCUCCGGAGAGCCCGGGACACCUGUAUUUAUUUACGUGGCACAUAGUUAAAACUAGGGAGCUCUCUCCCACAGAAGGUAGUGAUGGCUUCCAACUUGGUUGGCUUUACAACAGGAUGAGACAAAUUCAUGGAGGCUCUCCAUGGCUAGUGGCCAUGAUGGCUAUGCUCUGCCUCCACAGCUGGAGAUAGCAAUGCUUCUGAACACCAGUCACUAGAAAUCAGGGGAGAGGAAAGUGCUCUUGUGCUUGGGUCCAGCUUGUAGCUUUUCCAGAGACAUCUGGCUGGCCACUGUGAGUACAGGAUUCUGGGCUAGAUUGGCAGUUGGCCUGAUCCAGCAGGCUCGUCUUCCAUUCCUAUACGUAUCCUCAUUUACCCUCACAACAACCUUGGGAAGUCAGCCUGACUGAAAGACAGUGAUAUGACCAAAGUCAUUUUGCAAGCUUUGUGGAUGAGUGAGGUUUUGAAUCCUUUGUCUGAAUCUGGAACACUUGUCUAGGCACUUCAUAACUUAAACACUAUGUGCCCAGGAUCUUGGGCAGGAAGAUGAAAAAAAAUCCCACACUAAACCUCAAUUCUGUUAAUACUUUUUGUCUCCUGAUAGAUCUUCUGUAUCCUCCAUGCUGCUCCUUUCUAGUGAAGAUGAAGCGUUUGGUGUGGAAUACAGGUCCAUUCGGAUUACGGGGAAUGCAGAGAUGGUCCUCGGGUUCUUCUGCCAGCCGCCUGGUUCAGGAGGAGAUGGCACAAGAUACUGGUUCUGUCCCCAAACAGCAACGCAUCAAUCCACUUGGCAUCCAGAUGCUUUCUAAGCAUCUUCACGAGCAGAUUUUCCGGGGUGCCCAGGUUGAAUAUUCAGAGGAAGACAUCCAGAAGAGUGUGGCACACUUGCAGAAGCAUGACUUGUGGGGCAAAGAGACAACUAUUCUUCCUGAUGUGGAAUUGCAGCUGCCCCAGUUGUAUGGGGCCAACAUCGAUGAGCACUUCCGUAUCUUGGCACAGAAGCAGAGCCUCCCAUAUCUGGAGGCUGCUAAGGGACUUCUCCAGUUUGGGAUCCCACCAGUGCCCCUAGAGUGGGCUUGGAAAUCUGGGUGGACACGAUAUGGACCCAAUGGGGAGAGGACAGCUGUUGAUUUCCCUGAUGAGCGGGCCUUGGUGUUUGAUGUGGAAGUGUGCAUGAAUGCAGGCCAGUGCCCUACGCUUGCAGUAGCUGUUUCCUCAAAUGCCUGGUACUCAUGGUGUAGCAAGCGACUGUUAGAGGAACGGUACACCUGGUCCAGCCAGUUGACUCUGUCAGAUCUCAUCCCUCUGGAAACAGGCAGCAGCCUUGCCAAGCAGGAUUGGCAAGAGAGGCUGGUGGUGGGUCACAAUGUCUCUUUUGACCGUGCGCACAUCAAAGAACAGUAUCUGAUUCAGGGCUCCCAGAUGCGUUUCCUGGACACCAUGAGUAUGCACAUGGCCAUCUCCGGGCUAACAGGAUUCCAACGCAGCCUUUGGAUGGCAGCAAAACAUGGCAAGCGAAGAGGGCAGCAGCAGGUGCAGCAGCAUAUCAAGAAAACACGGAGUAAAACUGAUGGCCCUGAAAUUGCCUCCUGGGACUGGGUGAACAUUAGUAGCAUCAACAAUCUAGUAGAUGUGCAUGCCUUAUAUGUUGGAGGCCAGCCACUGGAGAAAGAAGCCCGGGAACUCUUUGUCAAAGGGAGCAUGAAUGACAUCAGGAAUAACUUCCAGGACCUGAUGAGAUAUUGUGCCCUUGAUGUCCAGGCUACUUAUGAAGUAUUCCAGGAGCAGCUUCCUCUCUUCUUGGAAAGGUGUCCCCAUCCUGUCACAUUUGCAGGGAUGCUGGAAAUGGGAGUCUCCUACCUGCCUGUCAAUCAGAACUGGGAGAGGUACCUGGAUGAAGCUCAGGUCACUUAUGAGGAGCUGCAAAAGGAGAUGAAGAAAUCCUUGAUGAACCUAGCUGACAAUGCCUGCCAGCUGCUUCAUGAGGCAAGGUACAAAUGUGAUCCCUGGCUAUGGGAUCUAGAGUGGGAUCUCCAGGAAUUUAAGCAAAAGAAGAAAAAAAUUGGGAAGAAGAAUAAUGAAGAUGUUGAAAUGCCCAAAGCCAUGGAAAAAGCCUCCAUGCUGGAGUGGCAGGAAGAUCCAGGACCCCCAACUGAAGAGGAAGAACAGCAACUCCCUGAGAGCCGAUUGUGCUUGGACCGUCUGAAGGGGACUGUAGCUUUGCAGCCAAAGAGAAUUCAGCACCUGCCUGGCCAUCCAGGGUGGUAUCGUAAGCUGUGCCAGAGACUGGAUGAUCCCAGCUGGGUGCCUGGGCCCGGCCUUAUCAGCCUUCAGAUGAGAGUGACCCCAAAGCUCAUGAGGCUCACCUGGGAUGGCUUUCCAUUGCACUACUCUGAGAAAUACGGCUGGGGUUACCUGGUACCAGGGAGGAGUGACAACCUGCCAGAGGGGACUCCAGAUGUUGACUUGCCUACUUGCCCCUUCAGGGUUAUUGAGCAUCUGUACCGGGAACACUGCAAGGAGAAAGGCAAAGAGCAACCUAUCUCACUGGACACCACGCUGGAAGAAGAGCUCAUGUUAACAGAAAAUAGCACUUUCUGGCAUAAGGUUGAAGAGCUCAGCCGUGCGGAGAUGGAGAUGGAUUCAGAUCCUGUAACCAUUAGUGAGAAUGAACUGGAGCAUUCAAAAAGUCAUCCUGAUUAUCACCAUGGCAAUGGUCCUUACAAUGAGGUCAAUAUCCCUGGGUGCUGGUUUUUCAGGCUACCUCACAAGGAUGGGAAUGAAAACAACGUUGGAAGCCCAUUUGCUAAGGAUUUUUUGCCCAAAAUGGAGGAUGGCACCCUGAAAGCUGGCAUAGGGGCCACAGAAGGGACACAAGCUCUUGAAAUCAACAAGAAGAUCUCCUUUUGGAGAAAUGCUCACAAAAGAAUCAGUUCCCAGAUGGUGGUGUGGUUGAAGAGAGGAGAGCUGCCUCGAUCUGUGACCAGGCACCCAGACUAUGACGAGGAGAAUAGCUAUGGAGCCAUCCUGCCACAGGUGGUAACUGCCGGGACAAUAACUCGUCGAGCUGUGGAGCCCACCUGGCUGACAGCCAGUAAUGCCAGAACUGACCGGGUGGGCAGUGAGUUGAAAGCUAUGGUCCAGGCCCCUUCUGGCUACCAUCUAGUUGGAGCUGAUGUGGAUUCCCAGGAACUUUGGAUAGCAGCUGUCUUGGGAGAAGCUCAUUUUGCCGGCAUGCAUGGCAGCACAGCUUUUGGCUGGAUGACCCUUCAGGGGAAGAAGAGCAAUGCCACAGACCUGCACAGCAAGACGGCCUCCACAGUGGGGAUCAGCCGAGAACAUGCCAAAGUGUUCAACUAUGGGCGCAUCUAUGGGGCAGGGCAGCCCUUUGCAGAGCGCCUCCUCAUGCAGUUCAAUCAUCGCCUGACACAGCAACAGGCCAGUGAAAAGGCUCGCCAGUUGUAUGUUGCUACGAAAGGGAUUCGGCGCUGCUAUCUGUCCGAGGAAGGGGAAUGGCUGGCGAAAGAGCUUGGCAUCCCCAUAGAAAGGGAAGAGGAUGGUUCUGUGUCCCUGGAAGAUGUGCGGAGGAUAAAGAAAAAAGCAGGAAAAUGGUCUCGAAGGAAAAAGUGGGAUGUGGUGAACCGACGAGUGUGGGCCAGUGGGACAGAGUCUGAAAUGUUCAAUAAACUGGAAAGCAUUGCCAUGUCAGAAUCUCCUCGCACCCCUGUGCUGGGCUGCCACAUCAGCAGAGCAUUGGAGCCAGCUGCUGUCAAGGGCGAGUUUGUAACCAGCAGAAUAAACUGGGUGGUUCAGAGCUCGGCUGUAGAUUACCUGCACCUGAUGCUUGUGUCAAUGAAAUGGCUCCUUGAGGAGUUCAACAUUGAUGGACGGUUCUGUAUCAGCAUCCAUGACGAAGUGCGAUACCUGGUGCAAAGUGAGGAUCGCUAUCGGGCAGCUCUUGCCCUGCAGAUCACAAACCUCCUUACACGGUGCAUGUUUUCAUAUAAACUGGGUAUUCAAGAUCUGCCUCAGUCAGUGGCCUUCUUUAGUGCUGUGGACAUUGAUCGGUGCUUAAGGAAAGAGGUGACAAUGGAUUGUGUCACUCCAUCUAACCCAACAGGGAUGGAAAGAAGAUACAACAUUCCCCAGGGUGAUGCUCUUGAUAUAUAUCAACUUCUCAAAAUAACCAAAGGCUCAUUGCAGAAACAAAAAUAAGGUGCAAGACUUCAACUUAUCAGCUCAAUAAAUCCUCCCAGAAGCAGGUUAAGCAAGGAGACCUACCCACUCCC